GCUAGCCCAGGCUGUCAGUUCAGCGCUGCAGCCGGUGGCAAGCGGGCGGAUGACCAAGUUGAAGGGCUCCACGCCAGUACAGAAUGUGGGGUAAGGGCAGUGCAGACGCAAGUCCCCGGGCCAAACCAGAGCGGAGCACGUAAUAAACAGCAGCCUGCAAACUCAGACUAGACAGCGGCUUUCAAGCGAGCGGUGUUUAAAAUCUUCAGAGGCACAGCGAGUCCGCGCACUAGCUACUGAGGGACCAGGGAGCGACCGGAGGGAAAUGCCUGUCACUGACAGGUGAUCGAGCGCCCGGUACGGAGUCACAACGAGCCACAGACGAAGCAACAGCAGGAACGAUGCAAGCUGUUUCCACAGCCGAAAGCUCAGGUGACGGCGCCCCGCCGGCCAGCGCCAGCCCCGGCCCCGGCCCCGACCCCGACCCCAGCAACGCUGCCUUGGCCUCGGGACCCACCGACCUGGAGUGUGCCAUCUGCUUCUCGUCCUUCGACAAUGUCUUCAAGCUGCCCAAGUUGCUGGCCUGCGGCCACACCUUCUGCCUGGAAUGCCUGGCCCGCAUCAACGUGUCCUCGGAGAACGUCAGCUCGGUGGCCUGCCCCUUCUGCCGGCACCCCACUCCGCUUCCUCCCGGCAAGGGGCUGCCCGCCCUCGACAACGACCGCUCCAUCCUGUCCCACAUGCCCUCCAGCAUGCAGACCGUGCCCUCCAUCCGCUUCAGCCGGGACAAGGGCCGGCUGUACACCAAGGCGCCGGAGCCCGGCUCCUUCCUCAAGCCCAUCAGCAGCGUCAGUCUGAGCCUGGACGUGGGCCAGCCCAUGCUGCGGGGCCGGGGGGGCCACAGCCUGCCCUUCCGCUCCAGCUGGUGCUACUACGUGGCCAUCGUCUGCGUCGUGCUGCUCACCGUCGCCCUCGUCUUCUCGGGCAUCUUCAUCUUCGUCAUCGUUCCCUCCCUCACCAGCGGAGGCUCGACCGUGCUACGGAACGAUACUGGCCUCCCAUCCAGCUCCUCGGACCCCUAACCCUUCCCCCAUCUCGUUCAACGGAGGCAGCCCCCACCUCCCGAUUCCCCACCAGGGGCAAGGACUUCAACCCCAGCUCAACCGCACCUUCCCCCUCCUCCUCCUCCGGCCCACCUCGGCCAAGUUACCGACCUUCUAAGUGCCAGCCACGCCCUCAGUCCAAUCUGCAGCCCCACACCCCUUCCACCCGACUGGGACCUCUCCGAGAGAAUCGACCGCUAUCGGAGCAGAGGGAUCCAUGGACUGCCAAGUGUGUGUGGACCCCGGGGCCAGUGCCAUGAACUGUCAGAGGGGAGCGGUGGCAUGGAAGGAGGUGCCAGGCCCCGGGCAGGCAAAGGACUGCUCACCCUUGGAAGGGUUUCGACAGAGCAGGUGGCGACAGAGAGGUUCUGGGGAGGAAGUUCCAGAGCUUUGGACCCAGGGCAUGGGGAGCUGAAGGCACGGGCGCGUGUGGUGGAGUGAAUCCAGGCUAGAAGAAGCAGAACUGGUGCUACUCAGAGGUCCCGAUGGGGUGGCAGAUGCAGGGACGAGUGAAUGGGGGGGGGUAGACGGAAUGAGACUGGGUGAAGGGGGGAGGGGGCUCUGCAUCUGGUGAGAGGGUAUAAACAUAGAGACAGGGGUGAGACUGGUUAACACAAGGGUCACUAGGCCUGAUCAGACAGGGACCUCCAUGUCUGAUAGGACGUAGACUGGAUGAGACAGGGAUCUCUGAAUCUGAUGGGGUAAGGUGCGAGACUGGAUGAGGCAGGGAUCUCUGAAUCUGAUGGGGUACGGUGUGAGACUGGAUGAGACAGGGAUCUCUGAAUCUGAUGGGGUAAGGUGUGAGACUGGAUGAGGCAGGGGGUGUCUCAGUAGAACAAGGAAGAAGAUCAUAGGGCUGAUGACCCAGAGUGGGAGAAGCCCAAGCAUUAGAAGCAAAAUUUUGGAAUCAAUGUGUCUGACCAAGAGGUCUCCUGGUCCAGAGAGCAUGAGGGCAGCUUAGAUCACAGGGGAACAUGGUGAAACAUGCCAGUCAGAAGCCAGCGUAAGAACAGUUGGAGAGCUUGCCAGGCUCUGAACGUGGUGUGGUGGAAACAACCCAUGUUACAGCGAUGGAAACAGCCCAUCUUGGCGAAAGAAAGGCAUGGAUUCCAACUGUUUAUGGAGGACCGUUUACUUUUGGGAAGAACAACUCACAUCAACAAACUCUUGAGGAACUCUGGUGACUCUGCUGACUACCAGGGCUCUUAAUUAAAAAAAACUACCAAAAGGAAGGACAAAGUUGAGACCCUGCCACACAGGGACUGGUUGAAAGACAUAGACCAUGAAUUCCUUCUCGUUCUGGAUGUAUCGUCCCUUCCUUGUCACUCAUGGGAGUUGAAAUCUGAGCCUUCUCGAACUUUACCAACAGACACAGCCAAUUCUCAGGAGACUCUCUGUAUCAACGCUCCAUCUGUCAAUGGGUUCUGGACAAGAUGACUUCCUGUUGAUUGGGGUCUAGGUGAUAGGAUCUGGAUUGGGGUGGACCCAGUUCGAGUUCACUCCUGGACUGCAUCCAGACACUGAUUUCCAUUGGGACCUUGUGCAUCAGUCAUUUGGGAUUGGGCAGAUGCACAAGUCUGAGCUCAAGCAACAAGCAACAUCUUCUUACACAGUGCACAUACUCGUCUAACCCAGAGCAUGUUCAUGACGUUUGGUCUCAUGGAUUGUACAUAAGAAACAAAAUGUUCACCCAACACCUUAACAAGGUUGAUCCAGCCCUUUACUCAAAGCAACUAAUCCAAUCGCAGCAUUCAACCUACCCCAGAACAAGUUCACCAACAAUUUAUAUGUAACACUUCCAACCACAUACCAAGCACCUUACUUGUUAUUAUUUAGUCGUUACGCACACAUUGUAUUUUACAUAUGACACAUAACUUCCCGAUGAUUAUUUCUUGGUUGCUGUUAACUCAGAGUUAUUUGUAAACUUUCUGCUAUUAGCCUUCAGGCAGGACUGAGGUUCUCCCUAACAUGAGUCAUUGAUGUUUUAACUAUUAAAUGAAGUUUGAAAUGCCAGUGCCCAGUGCUCGUCCUCCACGGUGAGCUGCUUUUUCUUUGUUAAAUGCCCGAAGUGCUGGAGGAACUCAGCAGGACAGGCAGCAUCUAUAGAAAGGAAUAAAGAGCCAAUAUUUUGGGCUGGAAAGAAAGGGGGAAAGAAGGCAGAAUAAGAAGAUGGAGGGAGGGGAAGGAGUAUGAGCUGGAAGGUGCUUGCAAUAUGGGAUAUACCCAUUGUGAAAUACAACAAUAAGACCAUAAGACACGGGAGCAGAAUUAGGCCAUUUGGCCCAUUGAGUCUGCUCCACCAUCCCAUCAUAGCUGAUUUAUUAUCUCCCUCAACCCCAUUCCCCAGCCUUCUCCCUGUAACCUUUGAUGUCCUCAUUAAUCAAGAACCGAUCAACCUCUGCAUUAAAUAGACCCAAUGGCUUAUCCUCCACAGCCACCUGUGGCAAUGAAUUCCAAAGGGGGAAGGAGCACCAGAGGGAGGUGAUGGGCAGGCAAGGAGAUGAGGUGAGAGAGGGAAAAGGAGAAGGAGAGGGGGCUGGGGGGAUUACCAGGAGUUUGAGAAAUCGAUGUUCAUGCCAUCAGGUUGGAGGCUACCCAAGUGGAAUAUAAGGUGGUGUUCCUCCAACCUGUGUGUGGCCUCAUCACGACAGUGGAGGAGGCCAUUGAUGGACAUAUGGGAAUGGGAAGUGGAAUUAAAAUGGGUGGCCACUGGGAGAUCCCACUUGUUCUAGCGGACAGAGCAUAGAUGCUCGGCAAAGUGGUCUCCCAAUCUAUGUCGGGUCUCACCAACGCACAGGAGACCUCCUUCCUCCUUUUCGUUCUUCCAUGGCCUUCCGUCUCUUCAGCCAAUCUACUUCCCAGCUCUUUACUUCAUCCCUCCCCCUCCAAGUUUCACCUGUCACCUGGUGAUCUCUCUCCCUCCCCCCCCACCUUUUACUCCUCAGUCCUGCCGAAGGGUUGCGGCCCAAAAUGUUGACUGUACUCUUUUCCAUAGAUGCUGCCUGGUCUGCCCAGUUCCUCCGGCAUUCUGUGUGUGUUACUCAGAUUUCCAGCAUCUGCAGAUUUUCUCUUGUUUGUUAUCCGUGUACUCAUCCAAGUGCCUUUUAAACAUUGUUGGUUCGAACGUUUCUUCUAGCAGCUCAUUGAAUAUACUCAGCAUCCUCUGUGUGAAGAGCCAGCCCCCUCAAGCCCCCAUUAAAUCUUUCCCCUCAGCUGAAGCUUGUACCCUCCGGUUCCUGAUUCCCUUCCCCUGAAAAA